AAAGUUAUUUUCUCUCUGGCUGGAGACUUUAGUAAGUGGUUCCAACUUCAAACUAAUCUAAAUGGGUACACCAAAUUGUAAUUGAAUUACCAUGUGUUAAUCUAAUGGGAAGCCUGCAUCUAGCCUACUGUUUUUGAGCACAUUUAGUUGUGUGCAUGGUUGGCACACCACAAUGUUCAUAUUGUCCCUCUGUCCUUCUCACCAUUUAAGGAGAGGUUUGGUCUGUGCACACAUCAUUCCCUGUGGUAGUUAUCUGCUGUAAUCAGCCUGUGCUCUAAGCCCAGUGGGGGGGGCAGUUAGCUGUAGCAGGCUCCCCACAGGGACUCUUAAAGUAUGUGUCAUCACUACUUCCUGCCACAAAGUCAGUUUUUGGUCGGCUGUCAGUGGCGUGUCUUCAUGUACAAAUAAGGCAAAAGAAGACAGAUGGCACCAGCCAUGUAGAAGCCUUCCAGGACUGACUGCCUGCCUGCCAUGGAAUCUAUUCUUGUUUUCAUUAUCUUUUAGUGGCUAUGGCGAUUCUGGGCUUCAGUUUUAUCUUGUGCAGCCUGAAUUGGUGAUUAACUUUUCUGUAAGGUACUGUACGUUGCAUGCUGUGCUAAAACAGGAAACCAUUGCCUUUUUGAAGCAGUUUAUCUUAUGACAUAUGAGGCUCCUGUUGAGUGUUACUCAUGGUUGCUCUCUUGUUGCAACAGGAAGUUAGUUUACCAUGCAACCAACCAAGCAGUGCACCCUGUACCCUACCCAAAUAUGAGAAUGAAGGAGACUUGGUGAGGAGGAAGAUGGUCCGGAUGGUGAUUGCAUCUACAGGAAGUUGCAGUCCAUCAGACAUUCCGUUCUCACAAACUAAGGCAACACCCCAGCUUCCUCAGUCAUUCAGUUUAAAGAUAUCUGACAUGAUUUUCACAUCAGGGUUCAGUAGUGAGUGGGCGACAGUUACGCCAAUGCAAAAAUUACUCAUUUGAUCAUUUCAAUUUAAGACUACCAAUUGGAUUCCCAAAGUCUCUGUUAACUGUAUCUGUGCACAUGCUAGGUGAUGUGUAAGGGCUUUUGGGGAGCUCUUCUUUGACCCUAAUGGCUGCCAGUUGUGAAGUGCAACAUGAUUGGAUCAGUGGCUGAUGGGUUUCACACUCAACCGCUUGUAACGGCUCAACAUUAUUUCAGUUAAAUUGAGUUUUUCGGGCCGUUCCAACGCAUUCUAAUUGAGCAGACCAAUGAGGAGCUGGAUUUGUAGUGAACAACCCAUUUCCCUGUGGAUCAGUGCUCUGUGUCCUCUCCCCUUCAAUGUGUGUGAAUGUAGCCGAAAUGUCCCUUUCUGCUGCACAGGCUUCAUGAAAGGGCUGUGGCGAGAAUGUGGUGGCGCACAGUUGUCUGUCAAAUGAGGAGCCCCCCCUCUGACUACUACCACCAAUCUCCUUACAUAACAGUCAGGGUUUAGAUGUCUGCAGUGGACUUUCCCAGAGAGCAGUCUGGCCUGCACACAAGCGGACACAGCCUUUUCAGUGCGUCUGCCUAAAUGCGUGUGUCUGUGUGUCUGUCUGCUAAUUGACCUGCUAGUCCAGCUUCAGGGCGUGGACGUCAAUGUGGAGAAAUUGCUGAAGCCUGUCGGUCACAUAGUUUUGAAGUAUAGUUCUUCACCAGGCGUGUUGGGAGCCAGGUGUGACCGCUUUGACCAAUUGCUUGACCCAUGUCUGUCCUGUGGACGUUCAGACUUUUGUGACCUAGUUUCAAACCAACUCUAAGCCACUCCACAAUGAUCUGCUAGGUCAACAUCUGUUAGCAAUAUGGCAGACAAUAUGAUACCUAUCCUGCCCUCAUGGGAGUCAGUGCCAACAGUAGGAUCAAGGAGUUUGUGUAUGUUGAAAGUAACUUGUUUGUGUACGGUAUAAUGCAGUUGUCAUGGAUAGGAAUGAGUGUUCAGGGUCUCUCUGUAGAGUCAAGUUGAAGCAGGAAGUCCAUGGAUGUUGUCAGAGCAUAGGGCUUUGGAGCCACGAGUAGAGACAUGAGACAGGCCUCCAUUACAUAAGCCCUUUAGUUCUAUAGACCUGAAUGGUGCUCUCUGUAAAGGCCAAGCUCUCACACUGAACUGUUGUAAGGUUUGUGAACAAAUGUUUUUUUAUUGACUUGAAGUUGUACAUCAGAAUUCCAGCUUAGUGAUUUAGUGUAACACUGGCAUUGGUUGCUUUUUUAAACCGCUGUGCUGUGUGCAAGUCGAGAGCAUCCUACGGAUGUCCGUAACAUCACGCUUGGGGUUAAUAUUUGAAAUGGUUGUGCUACCCUGUGUGUUCAGUGUACCUACUCACAUGUCCAGACAGAAGGUAGCUGACCUGCCCUCUGGGGAGUACAGUACACUGACAGAUGGAGCUGCCGGGAGGGAGAGAGCGGGAGUGGGGAAACUACUGAGAUGAAAGAAGGAUAUUAUGGACACGGACAACAGAAAUGCCCCUGAAGAUAAACCUGUCCAGCGCUCCAAAUCCUUCAGCUUCAAGACACCGAGGGAGGUGUGCUCGUCAUGUGAGAAGACCGUCUACCCCAUGGAGAGAUUGGUGGCUAACAACCUGAUAUUCCACUCGGCCUGUUUCUGCUGCAAACACUGCAACACCAAACUCAGCCUGGGCACAUUUGCUGCCCUUUCGGGUGAUUUCUACUGCAAGCCGCACUUCCAGCAGCUCUUCAAGAGCAAAGGCAACUAUGAUGAGGGCUUUGGCCGCAAGCAGCACAAGGAGCUUUGGACCUCCAAGGAGGGAGAGAACAUAACAAAGACUGCGUAGCCACGCCUGUCUGUCCCAACCCUUCUCCCACGGGAAAGGCUAUACGGACACUCCUGACCUGCAAACCCACUUUUAUUUUCAGAAUUGGUAACGGUCGGGGUUAGUUUUAGAUUUUGGGUAGUUUUGCAGGUCAGCAGUAUCCUGCUGGUAUUUCCCAUCUUAUCCCCAAAGCUGCCUCUUCUCCACCUCCAACAUGUCAUAAAGAGCACCAACAUGUCAUGAGGGGUGCAGUCAACGCUCCUGUGCGCUCGCUCCACAUCAUGGAAGACAGACACACCCACUAUGACUGGCCAGUCACGCCCCUGUUGCUCGACAUUUUAUUUAGUGGGGUGUUUAUUACUUUCAUUUGGUUUUAGUAUCAUUUUACAUUUGCUCUUCUGAAAUUGUUGAUUGUGACCAAACUGCUUAUUCACAAACCAGUGGUAUGUUUUUGCUGUCUGUUUGAGGACUACAUUAUCAUUGUUUUCUUGUUUAUUUUUCGGAUAAAUUUGCACCCUUUUGACGCAACAGACGCAAGGACCGUAUGCUCAGGUGAACAUAUGGUAAGAGAAGCUGGAGUUCACUCUAAGCUGUAGCGCAUACUCAGGUCAACCAUACUGAGCUAGGUUCAUUAGCAACUUUGUAUUUUAUGACCUCUUUUUAGUUCCAUAUAGUCAAUUAAAUCUAACACCAAUUUUAACGGCCGGGUCCUCUGCAUUGCGGUAGCACCGGCGGAAGCCAAUUUGUGAGUUUGUCAGGGUUCACUUAUCUGAGAAACAAACACGGUACUGUGAAACUGUCACACAUUCUCUCUCUCUCUGGGUACAGUUCGUUGAAUUCUGUCUUACUGUUCAAAUGUUUUUUUGCUCCUAUGAUCUGAAUGGCUGCUAGGUUUCAGUUCUGCAUGUUUGUCCUGUAUGAGUCUUAGCUGUCAUAUCUUUAGUCUGUACUGCCCUCCUGUGUUCUGGAUGACUUUUUACAACUAAUCCGCUUCAUUGACUCUUAAUCUCACUUUACUGGUUUUAAAAUGCACUCUUUGCUCUGUUAUUUGCUCGGUUUGAAUGUCAUGCGAUAAGUUGCUCUCACUCGUAGAGGCUUUUUUGUCUUUAUUCUGAAUGAGAAGUAUCUCAUAGGUGUUUGUACAUAGCUUGUGCUUAGUGAACAUAUCGCACUAUACUGUGCACAUAUGACCAUGCAUGUUGACCAGACAAGUCAAUGUUAGAUUGGCAGGGAAUAUAGCCUAAUAGGAAACCACAACUGUCACGCUAAUAUCCCCUGCUGCUUCCUGUCCAUGCAGAGCUGUCUGUUCAUGUGCUAAGUUGGUGUGUAAAACUAAGCGGGACUUUUGGAUCUUUCAAGACAACUGUGAACUCUGGUGGGGCAACAAUGUCAAUUCCUGAUGUCUGUUAUCUGCCAAUUGGGAAAGUCAGCUCUUGAAAGAGGCCAGAGUUCCUGACGCAGAAUUAUGAGUUGGAUGACCGUUUGGAGAGAAAAAAUCCCAUCCAGCUUUUUUUUUUUUUUGAGUUCCCUGUUGUCUUGAAUGCUUGAAAGUCUGAGAAUUCCGUGUUCUGAAUGCGGCAGAAAUUCACAUAUGACUGGGAUGUCCUGAGAAGGCCAAAAGUGAAAUCACAUAAUGUAAAAAAAUAUAUAUAUUAUCGUGCUUCUCCGGUGACAUCAGAUCUGCGAACAUAAAUAUAUUUUAUUUUUUAUUUUAUAAAUGCCACAGGGCUUUCUUGUCUCGACUGCAUCAUGUGAUUCUGAGCAGAGGUGGUGGAUUUGUGAAGAUGGUUCACUUCAGGCUGUUUACCAUUGGGGGAAAACGUCAGUUUCAGUCUGCUGAACAGGGUGGAUCUCCCAUCGACACCAAUGUGAUAGAUAGCAGCUGCGUCUGGUCUACUUUAUUGACUAAUGUUACCAGAAAAUGAGGGCGUGGGAUGUCUCCCUGCUUCUUCAUCUCUGAUUUUGAGCACCAGGACCUAGUACUAUAUGAGGGGUAGGCGCUAACAGGGAAUGUUGUUUGACCUGGGGCAUGUUCAGGGGAAUUCCUACGGAGUGCGUAAAGCCCAGGCCUACAGUGCCCUGAACCUCAGAGUAGCGCCUCCUGGUGGGAGAAGAGCGGUAGGAAAUGCUUGAGUCAGUUCAGCAAAUCCCAGUCAAGGCUUGAGAUAUUACAUAUCACACAAUUGUCAAUAAACACGUUUGCCCCCAGUAAUUUCUUCUGUAUGGCUUUUACUAAUUUUUUUAAGAUGUGGGAGUGGCCUCGGGAUGAAACUGUUGUGCAACAGGUAUUUUUAGGUUGGAAUGUUCUAAAGCGACACCUGCUUUGGCCAACAAACUCAAUAGACAAGAUUUUAUUUUCUUCAUUCUUGCUUUGGAAUGAGACUAAAGCCAUUGAAUUACAUCAUUUGGGAAGUAUUCAAUGCCACAACACUUGAUUGACACAAUGUAUAUUGUGAUGGAAAGUUUACUGUGAAUUAUAUACUGGGUAGUUCGAGCCCUGCAUGCUGAUUGGCUGAAAGCCGUGGUAUAUCAGACCGCAUACCACGGGUAUGACAAAUCUAUUUUUACUGAUCUAAUUACAUUGGUAACCAGUUUAUAAUAGCAAUAAGGCGCCUUGGGGGUUUGUGCUAUGUUGGGCAUAUACCACACCUCGGGCUUCAUUGCUUAAUUAGAGCAUGCUGUGCAGAAUAGAAAAUAAAAUGUUACUUUUUGAUAAGUAAAGCCUUAAAAAUAAAUGGCAAAAACCAUGGCCCAACAUUAUUGCUUUUCAAAACAAAUUUUAUUUGUAAUUUUUUUUGAGUGCACAUACCUUUCUCCCUGUUCCAGCCUAUCCCCUGUGAAUGAAAAUAAUCCUUCUGCUUGUUUUCCACUUAGUCCUUGUGGUGGAUAUGAGUGGCUUAACUCAGCCAGAAGUUUACGUACCCGCUCAUCCUCCACUCUCUUGAAUGGUUUUCAUUUUGUCAUUACAUUUCCUCAAGUUGUAAAGUUAUCUAUUUGUUUUUAAAAUGUUGUAACGGUCCUCGAGAUCACCCAGAAUGCUUUGUAACCAAGAACAUCAUAUCAAAUAACACUGUGUCCGUAUCGUCUGUUAUGUGUGAGGAGUGUGCCAAGGUACAAUGGCGUUAUCCUGUGAAUAAACAUUCUUUGUAUAGAGAAACAAACGGAAAGAAAGAAGGUACUUUUCCAUACUGGUGCCAGGAGGUUCAGGUCUAUGAGAGUUGUGUGACUGUGUGUGUUCUGCGAGUCAUGUAGUUGUGUGCAAAAUUGGAUGUAGACUUAACAUUUAUUUUUCAAUGCAGGUGUCACUGUUGUCAAAAUGUAAAUGUAUGCAUUUAAAAACAAAAACAUUCUGUAUAACUUGACCUGUGGAUGGUGGCCUUACAAGCAAAAGGACGUUUUGGCUCUUACUCGUCUUUCACCUCUACUCUCUUCUUCUUUUGGAUUAUUACUCCAGUUAAAUUGUGUUGUAGAAGAACAUGAUAAUAAUGUGAUUUGUCCCAACCUACACAUACACACAAUCAAAUGUAUUUUGUUCAAUCAUUUUCUUUCAGUAGUUUAUUUUAGUUUUUUUUUACAUGCUUUUGGAAAAAUAAAUGAAGAUGCUGGUGUUGAUAAGUGA